GUUUUUUUUUUUCUGGAAAGUGCUCUGCAGAGAUUUGUCCUUCGCACAGUGAUUCUGUCGUGUAAGAAUAGUCUAUAACAGCCUCAACGUUGCCGACACGUAGAAGAAGUGCGUUUUGCGGCGUUUGUUUUUCGUCUUUUGAGGCUGCGUGAACUUUUUUUUUUUUUUUUUUUUCUUUUUUAAGUUUGGGGCCGGACGACAGCAUAGAUUCCAGUGUGGAGUAGAUAUGCGCUUUGUUACAUUCUCAAGAAUGCCAGCGAGAAACAACAGGAAAGCGCUGUGUUUCACUGCAGAUUUCGACAGCUAACACACUCUGGGAGAAAACAAACCACUCGAGUGUUCAACAUUAGAAUGACUCGAGAUCACUUUUUCUGAGUGUCGUCGAUAUUUUCUGCUGUGAAAAAAAAAAAGUUUGAGAUUGACUCAAACUUAUUUUUUAAUUAUUUUUUGCGUGACGUUGCAGAACGGGAUAUUUUUGGGACACAGAAAGUUUAUUUUUUGGGUCGGGAGAAAAUGGAUCCGAGCCAGCACAACCCUCCCGUCGGGCACCAGAUCGUCCACGUACGGGGCGACUCCGAGACCGACCUGGAGGCUCUCUUCAACGCCGUGAUGAACCCGAAAAACACUAUCGUGCCCCCCUGCGUGCCCAUGAGGAUGAGGAAGCUGCCAGACUCCUUCUUCAAACCCCCUGAACCAAAGUCCCAUUCCAGACAAGCCAGCACCGACGCUGGCACCGGCGGCGUCCUCCAACCGCACCACGUCCGAGCUCACUCGUCUCCGGCCUCUCUUCAGCUGGGCGCUGGUACUGGUGGCUCCAUGUCUGGCAUGCCCCCGCCCUCCCCUCAACAUCUCCGCCAGUCUUCGUAUGAGAUUCCCGAUGACGUGUCCCUGCCCCCCGGGUGGGAGAUGGCCAAGACGGCCUCUGGGCAGAGAUACUUCCUCAACCAUAUUGAUCAGACCACGACCUGGCAGGAUCCUCGCAAAGCCCUGCUCCAGAUGAACCAGGCUCCCCCUCCCAGUACCGUGCCAGUCCAGCAGCAGAACAUUAUGAACCCAGCCAGUGGUCCUCUCCCUGAGGCCUGGGAACAAGCUAUUACUUCAGAGGGAGAAAUUUACUACAUCAACCACAAGAACAAGACCACAUCCUGGCUUGACCCACGACUUGACCCACGCUUUGCCCUGAACCAGCAACGGAUCUCUCAGAGUGCUCCAGUGAAGCAGGGGGGGCAGCUCCCUCCCGGAUUCGCAGUAGGCAACAACCAGAUGAGGCUGAUCGAGAAGGAUAGGCUGAGACAAAAGCAACAGGAGCUGCUCCGGCAGAGACCACAGGAGCUCACUAUAAGGAAUCAGCUGCCCACAAGUAUGGAUCAAGAUGGCGGCACGAACCCUGUGUCCUCCCCUAUGGCCCAGGAUGCCCGUACCAUGACCGCCAACAGCACUGACCCAUUCCUCAACAGCGGGACCUACCACUCCAGGGAUGAGAGCACAGACAGCGGCUUGAGUAUGAGCAGCUACAGCGUCCCUCGCACUCCAGACGACUUCCUCAACAGCGUGGACGAGAUGGACACAGGGGACGCUCUUCCACCCUCCAUGGCAACACAGCCAAGCCGUUUCCCCGACUACCUGGACGCCAUCCCGGGGACAGACGUAGACCUGGGCACCCUCGAGAGUGAGAGCAUGGCGGUAGAGGGCGAGGAGCUGAUGCCCAGUCUGCAGGAGGCCCUGAGCUCCGACAUCCUCAAUGACAUGGAAACGGUGCUGGCAGCUACCAAGAUUGACAAGGAGAGCUUCCUCACGUGGUUAUAGAAGGUUUGAGGAGGACCCUCCUAACUCCUCUCCCCACACUUUGAACUGCUGCCUGCUCUCAUCUGUGAAGGAGUCACGGAUGCUUUGACGAGACAUUUCAGCGUUGCCUCCCCGGACUUCGGUUUCUGUAAUCGGCAUGUAAGGCCAAUCUCUUCUGAGGCCGUGUUGUUCUUUUCUUUUCACUGGUGUGUUAUCGCUUUAUUUUGUCUGUGUCUUCAAGGCUGGCCCAUGAACAGACAAUAACGCAAGGGUCCCCAAAUCUUUCACAGAUCUGUCAGUGAAACUAGGGCAUCUUUACCUGAAGCAGGGGUUGUUCCUUUCCCUGGUCUCCCCUCAAAGCUGAGCUGGGUGGGUGCAUGAACUCUUCUGCAACUCUUCUGCCACCAUCAGUUAUCUCCUGAAGUCUCUGGUGCCUCCUUUUUCCUGCAAUAUAGCAUGAAGCAGCGCUACCGUACGGCGUUUGGGACUAUUGCAUCUAGCUUUUAUAGCUUUAUAUUUGGCCUUGUAUGUUUUUAUCCUUUUUUUUCUUCUUAUUUUUUAGUGUGUUGUCAACGAGCCUGACAAACCAAAAAUGAUGUGUUUGAAGCAUAGAGUACAAUACUGAUUUGGAGUAAAGGUAAUGUGAGGCCAAGUUUGGACAUGUUGGCUUUUUGGGGGGGGCGGGGGGGUUGUAGCCCUGGGACCGACUACAUUGCUGCUUGGCUGUGCCAGCAAGUUUAAGUUAAACCUUUAAUAGAUCAAGUGCCUUCAGUAGUAUUUUUUUUUUUUUGAGACGCGAGCAACAUGAACAAUUACUUGGUUUCUGUAAUAGAGCAAUAAGCAAUAGGCUGUGUUCGCUUACAUCAGCCACACUUUCCUCUAACUAAUGUUCAAUAAUCAAAAUUGUAUUUUUGUUUUAUAAACACAUAACGGGAUUUAGGGAUUACUGUUUUUUUUUUUUUUUUAUUAUCUCUAAACCCCAGCUUCUAAGUAUCUGUCUUAUCCAGGCCUAAAUCAUGAGUCAUUCUUUGUUUUCUCUUUUUACUAUACUUUUGUUUUUAGAUUAAUACAUAUGUAUGAUAGCUUCGAGCAAAUUACAUUUUGUUUCUUGUUUUUUAAUUUCUUUCAUAGAUUAGUUAACAUUUUUUAACGACUUCAACUAUUCUCACAGCACACCACUUCCCCAAAAGGAAGUCAGCCAAGACACCGAAAAGACAGUUUUUUGUUGUUUUUUUGCGGAUUCACUUCUUGUCUCUGAUUUAUAGGUAUUACAGUUAUUGUGAUGAUCAAAUCCAGCUUUUGCUAUCUUUGCAUUGAUGCAUUGAAGAUCAAAUGGAGCUUUUGCUAUCUUUCCUGAACAGUAACCAAAAAGGUAAAUCUCUUGGCAAAACAAACUACAGUUCUUCGAUCAAUCGAACCUUGUGACAAUGUACAGUAAACAAACAGUUGGACGAGAGCGGAGCCCCUCUGUGCGAUGCCAUGUGCUAAAAUGAGGGGUUUAUAAAGGACAAUGACAAGUUUAAGCAGGUUUUAGAGCCAUGUUGUGGGGGUCGUGUAGAAGGCCAGGGAUUGACUGAUGGCGGUGAGUUGCGGAUUGUUUUAUUUCUUUUUGUUCUUUUUUGUGAAAUAAUUAAGAUACAAUCAGUUAUUAUCCGGUCAGGAAUUGUUGUGGCAGAUUCCAAAGAUGUUUAUUUUUUAUUUUUAAUGACACUAACAUUUAAUUUCGCUUCCAUUUUCACAGAGUCCAGAACCAGUAUGAUUUGUAAAUCAACCUCUGAACACACUGUAUAAGCUAAUGAGAAAAUGAUGUAGGUUUUAAGUGUUAAUGGACAUGUCUAUGAAUAGGUCUAGCUGAGAGAUUUUUUUUUCUUUUUUCUUUUAGACAGUUUUGAGUGACUAACCCUCCGAUUUUAAAGUUGAGGUUUCAAAACAGAGCGGCAAGCGAUUCCUCUAUAAGCGCUCGCAUGUUUACAUUAUCUCUGCGUAGGAAACUGCUACAUCUGCAGUGGAGACGACACACUGACAAUUCUCUCAUAAUCCCAUUACUUUGAUGUUUACACCAUGACUCCAUCUUUGCAUGACUGCAGUAACCUUUGAAUAAUCAACCUGCUGUGCAUGCCCUGGGUUAAGUCCAUUCAGGUUGUCACAUUCUGUUGCCAACGAAGUUUGCGGCAUUAACCUGAUGGAACUAUAUAUAUAUAUAUAUAUAUAUAUAUUUUAGAUCAGCGAUCAUGAACAAUUUAUUUUUAUGUGUGAGAAACCUCUUUUUAGUCUGGAUUUUAUUGGAUAAACAGUGUUGAGGACAAUGCAACUAAUACAAGGGGUACACUACAGUGCAUGUAUUCCACAGCUACGGUUUUCAUUUUGAUGCAAUGCCGCAUUUUGUCACACAAACCUGAUUUUUAUGCUUUUAGUGUGUAACUGUCUGAGCGUAUUAGCUAUUGACUGUCAUUUUAGCAGUAGAACUAAUCACAGUUAAAGGAUUUUGCAUUUUCUAAAUGCACAUGAAAUGAAUUUAUAUUUAGUAAUGAUCUGUUCUUUUAUUUUCGAUAGAUAUGUGCAUGUGUUUUAGAACCUUCAAUUCUGUUACAUUAUAUCUUGCUUCAUAUGAUACUUUGAAAUUGGCCUGAAAUAAAGUAUAUACUUUUGUGGUAA